AUGAAGAAGCUUAUUAUUGCAACUGGAGCAGUCACAGCUGCCGCUGGAGGAACCAUUGCUGCUGCUAAUUUUGACCCUAAAGUUAGAUCUAAAGUUGAAGAAAUGGUUCCAAAAUCAAAAGAAGUAUUUGAUUAUGUUUUAGGAUCCUCUGAAUCUAACGUAAAGCAGAUAAAAGAAAAUAUGGCUCCCUCUUUGGUUGUUGCACCAAAAAAAGUUUACCAACCUCCACCACUUGACAUGCCAACUGUUAAGGAAGAAGAAGUAAAAGUUUCUACUAGAAAACCUAUUGAAGUCUCUCCAGUUGAAAUUAAGCAAAGUGUAACUGAUAAUUCAAGAAUUUCGUUAACAGAAGAAAAAAAUAAACUAAAUAAUGAAAUUGAAAAUAAGCUCAUGGAAGCUUUGAAUAAAGCACAAGAAAAAAUUCAGUUUGCUAAUUCUGCUAAAAUAUUUACAUGUGAAGGAAUCAAUAAUUAUUCUAAAACAUUUAGACAAGCUGUAAGUAAUGGUGUUGAUGCUGAUUGGAACACCGUGAAAAAUGCCAAAAAGCGAGUUGAACAACUUAAAGCUGAAGAUAGUGCUGCCGAAGUCGAAGCUUUGAAAUUUGUUUCAGAUUUAGAAAAGGUUAUUGAUGAAGGAAAAAGAAACCCUUUAACUGCUUCUAAUCCAUUAGUUUAUAGUGCUGCUCAAACUGUUCAAAAAUUAAGAACUGAAAUAGAUCGCACCAAUUCUUUAAUCAAGAAAUCUUUAUCUGAAAUUGACGUUCUCAAGGACCACAAGAAACUUAUUGAAGAAAGCAGAAAAUCGUUUUUGGAAGAAGUUAAAGCUGUAACUCCGACAUUAGAUAUAAAUGCCACUGGUUCAAGUUUAACUGAAAAAGAACUUAACAGUCUUUUAGUUCAUGCUCAUUUAAAAGUUUCAAAAUUAAAUCAACGUUUAAUUGAACAAGAAUUGAGAGAAAAGGAGAUUGUUGCUCAGGCUAUUGAAAAACAAAAGAAAAUUGAUGAAGAGCUUGCAAGAGAAAGACUUGAAAGAGAAAUUGAAAAAGUAUUCUCUUUACAAAAAAUUGAUAAAGAAGCUGAAGUAGCUAGACUAAGAGAAGAAUUUGAUAAAGAGUGGGGAGAACGUUUAUCAAGAGAGAAAGUUGCCCAUGCUGAUCAUUUGGAGAAAGUUAUUAGAACUCAAAAAGAGAUUCACGAUAUUGAAAAUGCUGAAAAGGUUAGUGAAGCUAUUCAACAAGAAAGACGAAAACAUUCCCAAGAAUUUGAAUUAGCAAUUUCUCAAUUAGAAGGUAUCGAGCAUGCUCUUGACAAAAGAGCUGUUCUUGAUAUUGAAAAUAGAAAAGCUAAACAAUGUUGGUUAGCAUGUCAAAAUCUUCUUGAAUCAAUUGUUUAUGGUGUCAAAGCUGGUAAUUCCAUGGAACAACGUAGAAAACCUUUAGAACAAGAACUUGAAAUAAUUAAAACUGCUGGAAAAGGUGAUAAAUUUGUUGAAACACUAGUAAAUUCUUUUGAUGAGGAUGUUGUUAAAAAUGGUGUUUAUACUGAGGAAGAUCUUAAAAAUAUAUUUAAAAAAGUUUACAAUGUUUCAAGAAGAGUUGCUAAAAUCGACGAUAAUGGUGGAUCAUUAAUGAAAUACAUUUCUUCAUACAUUCAAUCGUUGUUUAUCAUUGAAAUUAAUCGAGAAUAUUCUAGAGAGGAUAAAAUUGAUAUUAACAACAUAUCUACAUAUGAUAUCUUAGAACGAACUAAAUAUUUCGUUUCCAGAGGUGAUUUUGAAACAGCUGUAAAGUUAGCUCAACUUUUAAAAGGUGAAUCUAAGAAUGUUGCCAGAAGUUGGAUAAAAGAUACACAAAAUUUCUUAAAUACACGUUUGUUGGCAGAAUUACUUGUUGCUCGUGCUGUUGUUAUCAGUGCCUGUACAAUUUAUUAG